ACUCCAUGAAGGAGCUACCACUGCUUUCAAGCAAACAGAUGUCAGCCAGAGAAGCCUGGCCAGCGGCAGAUCGCCAGAUCAAAUUGCUGCUGCCAGCUCUCGCGAGCUUUGUCAGGAGGAGUUGACUGAAAUGUCAGAGCCUUGCAAUUCACAGGCGGGGCAGCCGCUGCAUCCCGCGUUUCUCCGAAGUCUUCACAGGAUUGCCACUUUUCAAACUUCGUCAUCCUAUUCUGCAGCGAUUCAGAAAUCAACAAACAUGCAGACCCAGCGUACCACCGUCACACAAAUCCGGUGCCUCCUGUGGAUUCCUCUGCUCUGCCUGCUUUUUGGGAAGGCGCACACCGAAGAAAUCAUAAUUACAACCAAGGCUGGGAGAGUCCGAGGACUGAGCCUGUCGGUUCUCGGUGGCACAGUGACUGCCUUUCUCGGAAUCCCCUAUGCGCAGCCUCCUCUGGGUAGGCUAAGAUUCAAAAAGCCACAGCCCUUAAACAAAUGGUCUGACGUCCAGAAUGCCACUAGAUAUGCAAAUUCUUGUUAUCAGAACAUAGAUCAAACUUUCCCGGGCUUCCAGGGGUCUGAAAUGUGGAAUCCCAACACGAACCUCAGUGAAGACUGCUUGUAUCUGAAUGUUUGGAUUCCAGCACCUAAGCCCAAAAAUGCCACUGUAAUGGUAUGGAUCUAUGGCGGUGGCUUUCAAACUGGGACAUCCUCUCUACCUGUUUAUGAUGGGAAGUUUCUAGCUCGGGUCGAAAGAGUUAUUGUAGUGUCAAUGAACUAUAGGGUAGGUGCCCUAGGAUUCCUAGCUGUACCGGGAAAUUCUGAGGCUCCGGGCAACGUGGGUUUAUUUGAUCAACAGCUGGCACUUCAGUGGGUCCAAAGAAAUAUAGCUGCUUUUGGAGGGAAUCCUAAAAGUGUAACACUUUUUGGAGAAAGUGCUGGGGCAGCCUCGGUUAGCUUACAUUUGCUUUGUCCCCAAAGCUACCCUUUGUUUACCAGAGCUAUUCUGGAAAGUGGCUCCUCUAAUGCCCCCUGGGCAGUAAAGACACCAGAGGAAGCCAGAAACCAAACCUUGACCUUAGCUAAAUUUACUGGUUGCUCAACGGAGAACGAAGCAGACAUGAUUAAAUGCCUGCAAAAUAAAGAUCCUCGGGAAAUUCUUCUGAAUGAAAAGUUCGUUCUCCCCUCUGAUUCCCUUUUAUCGAUAAAUUUCGGUCCUACGGUGGAUGGUGAUUUUCUCACUGAUAUGCCCCACGCAUUGCUGCAGCUGGGGCAAAUGAAAACAACUCAGAUCUUAGUAGGCGUUAACAAGGACGAAGGGUCGGCUUUCUUAGUGUACCAAGCUCCUGGUUUCAGCAAAGACAACGACAGUCUCAUUACUAGGAGGGAAUUUCAAGAAGGUUUAAAUGUGUAUUUCCCAGAAGUGAGCAGCCUGGGAAAGGAAGCAAUCCUUUUCUACUAUGUGGACUGGUCAGGUGACCAGACACCAGAAGUCUACCGGGAAGCUUUGAAUGACGUUAUUGGAGAUUAUAACAUCAUAUGCCCUGCAUUGGAGUUUACCAAGAAAUUUGCAGAACUUGAAAACAAUGCCUUCUUCUACUCUUUCGAACACCGGUCCUCCAAACUCCCUUGGCCAGAAUGGAUGGGAGUAAUGCAUGGCUAUGAAAUUGAAUUUGUCUUUGGUUUACCUCUGGAAAGAAGAGUUAAUUAUACGAGAGCUGAGGAAAUUUUGAGUCGAUCCAUAAUGAAACUCUGGGCAAACUUUGCAAAAUAUGGACAUCCCAAUGGGACCCAGAGCAACAGCACAGUAUGGCCUGCCUUCACAAAUGCUGAACAAAAAUACCUCACCUUGAACACAGAAAAGCCAAGAGUAAACUCUAAAUUUCGUGCUCCACAAUGCCAAUUCUGGAAAAUAUUUUUUCCAAAAGUCUUGGAAAUGACAGGAAAUAUUGAUGAAACAGAACAAGAGUGGAAAGCAGGAUUCCAUCGCUGGAGCAAUUACAUGAUGGACUGGAAAAAUCAAUUUAAUGAUUACACUAGCAAGAAAGAGAGUUGUAUGGGUCUCUAAUUAAUAGAUUUACCCUUUAUAGAAUGUUCAUUUUCUUAUAGGUGAAGGCAAAAAUACUAGUAGCUCUGUCCUCAUGUACCAAGAAUGCUUUUAAACAGCAGAGACCGAAAUGCCAGAGGAGAAUAUCGAUUCCUUUCAUUCUUCAUUUAGUAUAUUACCUAAAGUUUCAGAAUUGACUCACUAGAAGUUGUUCUUAUUAAUUUUCACAAUGUAAACACUGAGAAUUCAUUAUGUACUGCUUUGAUCUUACUUUCCUAAAUUACAUUACAGCUUUUACCUAAAAGAUACAUCAUCUGAUUUUACCCAGUUCUGUAUUUUCAAAACCACCUGUAUGAAAGAAUCUUUAAAAACUGAA